CAGUAAGCCACAUUACCUGUUCUGUUUUAUCGUAGACGGCGACCAAUCAAAUGUUGUUAAGUGUCCCACUUUCAUGACGUCAUUAUUUCCACGUUGGAAGUUGGGAAGAAAUGUCAUGUCGCUUUUUAUUUUGUAAACCAAUGUUUGUAAAUUAUAAAUCAAUUAUUAUGUUGUAAAUGCAGUAAAAAGCAUUAAUAAUUCUUAGGUGUGUGUUAAAACCAUUGAAAAUGUGCCUGUAAUAGGAUCAGUUAGUUACGAUGACCUCAAUGUGGAUCUUGUCAGAUCAAAAUGACUCUUUACAAUGACGAUGUGAAUAGGAUCCUGGAUUAUCUUACAAGAAAUGACCACGAGCUUCAACAAGUGAAUAAGAACCCUGUUAAAAUGGAUAAUUUUCAACAGGACGGCCUAAUGUCGGACUCCUGGCCGACAUCCGAUGACCUGCUGGAGAACAUAUUCUCCUUGGAGCAGGGAUCGCUUAACUUCCUCGAGGAUGCUAUACCGGACUUCAACCUGUGCGAGAAUGUGUCGCAACCCUCGGAGGCCAUCAGCAGCUCUUGUUCGGACAGCGGACUCUCCAGUGACCCGGCUGAGUUUGACUUCGAACAGCAACUUUCUCCAUUCCUGAUACAAAACUCUUGCGAUGAAGACCCUGGGACAUCCCCCGUUGGCCUGGAGCCGACCAGCCCCGGCAAUGUCCAGGAUGUCAUCAUCCAGGACACCAGCGAUGUCUCCAACUCCUCAACUGAGGUCGUCGAUGACACAUUCGACAUGUUGAACUUCGAACAAAAUGUUGUUCCCGGAUUCCUCAACAAAAAUACAUUCCAAAGUCCUGGUAAAGGCAACAGAAAGCGGCGUCUCUCCCAAACCCCACAAGUAGCGGUACAACCAAAAGUCCAGAAGCCCACGAUCAGAAUCCCGGCAAGUUCGACCACCACGCCGAAACCCCAGUUGGUGGUGAAGGCACAGCCCCAAAAGCCGGUCAAAGUGGCUAACAUCCAAGUAUUGAACCCCCAAACUAAGGUGUACUCCAAGCCCGUUGAAAGCGUAGCCCCGCAAAGACGAGUGAUCCGCGUUGCUCCAAUGGCCGGCAACCCUCGUUCUAUUCUCCUUCCAGUUACAAUAAAAGACAUGAAAGACCUGAAGUCUAUCAAGAUCAUCAACGCUGCGGACUUGAAGAACGCUUCCAACAUCAAAUUGGCUGCCGCUAAUCUUUUAUCUCAGAGCAAACUGCACGACUUGAAGGUUGAGGCCCGCGACUAUGACUACGAACACAAUGGAAACAACUGCGAUGACUCAGGUAGUGAACGCAGCGACGAUGAGGAUGACCACAAAGACACUGUGCCAGACGGAAAGAACGGAUAUCCCCGUCUCGUUCUAACAGCCGAGGAGCGACGAUUGUUGGCGAAGGAGGGCAUCACACUACCCACCAGCUACCCUCUUACGAAGCACGAAGAGAGAGAGUUGAAAAGGAUUCGGCGUAAAAUCAGAAAUAAGAUCUCAGCCCAAGAUUCCCGUAAGAGAAAGAAGGAGUAUGUUGAUGGGCUUGAAGACAGAGUAAAACAAUGCACGGCGGAAAACCAGACGCUUAUUAGGAGGAUAAAGAUUCUUCAGUCACAGAAUCAGUCGCUGUCGGCGCAACUGAAGAGGUUACAGAAUGUCCUAACAGGCGUGACGGGUGGCUCCACGAAUAAAUCAGCGCAGCCAGCUACCUGUCUCUUAGUGCUGUUGCUCUCAGUAGCUCUGGUGGCCUUACCGUCAAUGCGCGAGGAGGUCAGACCUAGAGCAUCUGACACGCCCGCCAACUCGCCCGCCGUCACACGAGCGCUUCUCUCCGCUUCCAAAAUGGCGCUCGAUGAGACAGUCAUAGAUGACGGGGAGUUCAACAUGGACGAACUGAUCACAUUCAACCGCCCACACUCGGACCACGACUACCAGGUCGUGAAGAACACACAGACGCACAAGGUGCUCGCCGGAGGAUACGUGGACUUGCCCAUCGAUGAGGACUGGCCCCCCAACCUAAAGAAACGCAUGAAAAAGAACGAUCUCGACUACAACGACGGAGAAUACAUGCCACCCAUCGUCAAGGAAGAGAACUAUGGCCACUAUUACAAAAUAGAUACAAAGUUCAAAACUGAAGACGAUACAGACGUGAACAUCAACGACAACAAAGGCUUCCUCACCAAUACACUGAUAUCCACGGGCCGCAAGCUCGGAGAACUAUUCGACCUGCUCCCAACACCCGUCAAGACCGAUGACCUCGUCAUCGAGGAGAUCUCCGACCACGACUCCAGGAAUACCACUGACGUUAAAAGCUUCGUAGUCAACGGCACCAUGAGCGAUUUCUAGAUAAUCAGAUUCUAUAUUUUUAUUUCUUUAUUAUUCCUUGUUAUUUCCUUUCAGAUAACUAUUUUACUAUUAUUUUACACAGAAAUGUAUUUUUACUAUUAUAUAGUUUGAAUGAAAUUAUUCCUCGCGAGUAGUUGGUCCGGUAUUUGAAUGUGUGCGUUUGUUUAGUGUAAUGGUCGUGAUGCGCCGACUCACUGCAAGAGUCACGUCGACUACCCUUGGAAUUAAUUAGCAUCUAGUUAUACAUAAUAAUUAUGUUUAUGAUAGUGAGAACGCUAUGGAUUUUAUUUAGUUUUAAGUAUUAUUCUAACGUAAAGUACCUUCGAGAAGUUUCUGAGAAUGAAAGUUGUUGAAUAUUUAUUUGAGAAAUCAAAAUUAAUAUAUUAUUAAAUCAAGUUAUAUUUUUAUUUACGAAUCAGAAAGUUAGGAAGUUUAGUAUAAGUUGUUUACUAAGCAUUUUCUGUUAUUACUUGGUGCAAUUAUAUUAGUAACUGAGUUGUCAGUUUUAGCUAGAAUUUGAUUUUAAGUACUUCAAUUUUGCAUUAGGUAGAUAUAGCUCGUUUUACCUACUUACCAUAUAAGCGUAUAAACAAAUGAACUACAAUGAUGAAUUAAGCUGGUUCGAAUAAAUUGUGUAAGAA